AAUUACGCAUGAUCUCUUACGCAUGCACAUGAUGUGAUAUGCUUCAAUAUAAAUGUUGAAAUGAAUGACAUGAUGUGAACAAUUUGCAAACAAUAUGAAUAUAUAAUCAUGCAUUAGUUUAUUUGGAUGAAACAUGAUUAAAAUAUCAUUUAAUAAAACUACUGGGCUCAGAACGGUCGACCGUUUGGCGCGACGGUCGACCUUGAUCUUCAUCAGGGUACAAACCUGGAAAUCAUCGGCCGAAACCUUACGGAUGAGCGGGAGUGGAAACAACAUCGAAAUUUGCCAACUUUGUCAUUUCCGUCACAACUGGACAGCCUGCGGUAUUUUGGGCAUAUCUCCAUCGUUUCUUCACGGAAUUGCAAACCGUUUGAUUCUGUGGAUUCCUAAGAUAAACACUUACCCUAUAAGAUGUCCUUUCUAGCAUGGCGCGUUUUGGAGAGGCGCCUUCCCACUGAUGAUGUCCUGGCGAGAUUUGGCUUUGCUUUGCCUUCUCGGUGCUUAUGUUGUUCGCCGCCAGGACGGGAGACCAUUACACACAUUUUCUAUCAUGGGAGCAUGGCGCGGCGUGUUUGGACUUAUUUCACAGAGUCUGCCCGUAUCCGGGGCACACAUCACAGUUUGAGGUCCGCCUUGAGUAUAUGGUGGGCGCAGAGGCCGAGGAGCAGGAUGCUCUCGUUCCUGUUCCACCGCCUGCCGAUGAUCAUUCUUUGGGAGAUUUGGACGCACUAUGCUGCGUGCAAGUAUGGGGAUGCUCGCCCCAACUUUGCACGCAUUAUUUUCCGGGUGGCUACGGCGGUGUCGGAAUGCAUCUAUCGUCGCUGGCCUAGCGGGGGUCUCUUGCCUUCCCGAUGGUCGGUGAUCAUGGAGCACGUUCGACGAGGCUCUGGACGCAGGAGGGUGGUGCCGAUUCGGUGGGUCCCACCGCUGGGUGGCACCAUCAAGGUGAAUGUGGCGAGGGCCCCGCUACGUGGGGCAUUUGCAACGAUCGUGCGUGACUCGACAGGUAAGUUUCUUUAUGUUGUUUCUUCUAUUGCAUUCAGGUGGGAACCAGUGGAGCGUGGAGGGAUGGAUGUGAUUCUUCGGUGUAUUCCGUGGUGUAUAUCCCAGUCCUUCUUGCGUAUCCACGUGGAGUCCCAUCAUUCAGAGCUAGCUUGUUUCUUUAGAGAAGGUACCCCGUGGUACUUUCAUGAUGUUUAUGCUAGACUGCGUUUCCUCUGUUCUAUCGCGACGGUCCAGUGGUUUCAUUGUGACGUGCGGGCGAAUGCCCCGACGACUGAGUUGGCAUUGUGGGCCGUGGAUAGUACAGAGGGGACGCGGGAGUUUACUAAUCUGCAGGAUCUUGACAUUCGGGUACGAUCUCUCCUUCCUAUGGACGAUCUGCCCUUCUUUCGCAUAGAUGAGGAUGGGGGUAACCCCUAGUUGUACUGAUUUGGGUGCCUUAACGACCGCGUCUGCGGUUAAGAAGCGCACGUAUGUACCCGCGGUUAAAGGGUGCCCGUUGGUUCCCGCGGUUUGGGGCCACGUGUUGUACCGACGGUGAACGGUGCCUUUGCGAGAUGACGGGCGUAGUUUCGCAGAGUUUCUUUUGCCCCCGUCGACUCCUGCGGCUCCUGGGGU